AUGGUUUCUUUCAAGAAAUUGUCCCUUGCCACCACCGCUGCCCUCAGCAUUGCUGAGACCGCAGUUGCUGCUCCCCUCGCUCCCAACCGCUAUGCUCUUGCAAAACGCCCGAAUCUUCUACUCCACAAGUGGCCUCAGAUUACCACAAACUCCAGGCCUAUGCCUGCCAAAAACCUCAAACGUGCGCCCCAUGACAUCGAGGAGAGCUUUGAGCAGCGUGACUUUGAGCUCGAAGAUGAUCUUGCUCAGCGGGAUCUUACGGACGAGCUUGAGGAGCGCGAGUUUGAGGAUGACGUUUAUGAGCGCGACUUCGAGGAUGAAAUCUAUGAGCGCGAUCUUCAGCGCCGCCGGUUCAACCUGGGCAAGAUUGCAAACAUCGGCAGAAAAUUGGAGAAUGUGGUCAAGGGCGUCGGCCUUGUCAACGGGGUCAUGGGCGCUGCUCUGCCCAAGCGUGAUCUAGAGAUCCGCCUUUCCCGAGCUAAACCUUUAACCUCUGCAGGCCCAGGCAAGAGUCAUGGUAGAGUCGGUCUCGCUCUCGAUGCCGGAAACCAGUUUGCCACCCUAGCUGGUAACAUUAGAGGUGUCGUUGCAGCCAUAAAGAAGAAGAAGGAAGACAAGAAAGCACAGGGUGCACAGAAGGGCAAGCGCGCUUUCGAGGAGCUCGAGGAGCGUGCUUUUGAGGAAGAGCUUGAGAGGCGUGCCUUUGAGGACUUGGUCAGGGAGCUUUACUUUUGA